CACAGGGCUUAUAUUAAUACGUAGCACACCCACCCACUCUCACACAUGAAUACAGCCUGCAGCCUGGAACUCCUGCAGUCUUCACUCGGAACUGGGUUGGUGAUAGCAAAAGAUAAGCAAUUUCUCUCUGGGCUCUGGGAACAAGUAAAUGCAAAUACAAAUAAAAGAAAAAGCGCACACCGAGGAAAUAAAUAAAUGAUAUUUGAUUCUGUCAGUAUCGGGUUUGUUUUGCUUGGUUUUUUUAUUGACCAACUUUGUUCGACAGAAUAAAAAUUACAUAGGCUACGGCACGAGUCUCUUAUAUUUUUACAAAGCAAAUGCAAGAAGAAAUGGAAAGGAUUACAACAGCACAGCCGCCACCUUCCUGCACUGGGAAGCUUUCGUCGCUGGAGAACACAGACUUGCAAGGAAUGGACUUUUCUCAUAUGUAUGUUUACAAACCAAGAAUAGGGAACAAACGGGGUGAAGACAGCAAGGAAACGUACAAAUUGCCGCACAGACUAAUAGAGAAGAAAAGACGCGAUAGGAUUAACGAGUGCAUUGCCCAACUGAAGGAUUUGUUGCCAGAACAUCUGAAACUUACAACUUUGGGUCAUUUGGAAAAGGCAGUGGUUCUGGAACUGACUUUGAAACACGUAAAAACCCUAACAAGUCUUAUCGAACAACAGCAGCAGAAAAUCAUUGCGCUGCAGAACGGCUUACACGUUGGGGAGCAGUCAGUUCAAAGCCAUGAAGACAGUGAGGAGAUGUUCCGUUCUGGGUUCCACAUGUGUGCCAAAGAGGUGCUGGAGUACCUGUCAAAGCAGGAGAACAGCAGGGAGCUCACCCCUUCAAACAUGAUGAACCACCUCCACAAGGUGGCAUCUGAGGUCCUGCAAGACUCUCCCAGUGUCCGAACAGAAGAGCAGAUCCUCAAAGCACUCGACCUGAAAGACGAGCCCAGCACCUCAUCGCAACCUCGCAGCUUCGAGGGGCGCGGCAAAAACUGUGUGCCGGUCAUUCAGAGGACGUACACCCAGGCGGGUGGGGAGCUAAGUGGCAGUGACACGGACACAGACAGUGGGUAUGGAGGAGAGGUGGAGAAAAAUGACUCUGCAACCAACCGGCAGUCCUACAGCAAAGAAAAUGAACUGAAAUGCACGAUGACAGGCAGGGUGAGCUGCAUCAAACAGGAAAGUGAAGAUCCACCCACAAAAAGGAUGAGGACAGAAUCGUCUGAAGAUGAGUCUGUGUCAGGCGGGGAGCUGAUGGGGAUGCACAGCAGAUUCUUGGGUUUCUCCCCACACCAGACUCCUAUGUGCAUGCCUUUUUAUUUUAUCCCACCAUCUGCGGCAACCUAUUUGCCAAUGCUGGAGAAAUGCUGGUACCCUGCUUCAGUGCCGGUUUUAUACCCCAGUCUUCCAGGCUCGGCAUCCCCUCUUACAGGGGUUCUGAAUCCCGAUAAGCACCCAUCUUCUCUGCUAAUGUCUCCCAGGGUAGGCUCGCCUGUAGCAGCCCAAACCCCUAUGGACUCCCCAGCUUUGCUACGAGCUUUAAAGCAAGCCCUUCCUUUGAACCUGGAAACCAAAGACUGAGAACUUCAAUAUGCUAUGAAUCUGGUUGAAAGUUGGUUAACAGGAGAGGGGGACUAGAGCUGCCCAGGAACCUUUCAGUCCCAUUUCCUCCCCAUGAAAUGAGACGGUUCUGCAAGGGAGCAAAGCGUGCAACGCCACCUAAAUUGAGCAAAAGGACAAUGCUGAAAAGGGUAAUGAGGGACUGUCUGCAAGGGGUGGCACUAAUCAGACACCAUUAGUGGUGGCAAACUGAAAAGCACCCUUCUGCUGAAUAUCAAUGUUGAGAAUGUUAAAUGUGGACAGUCCCUCAUUAUAAUAAACUGUCUAAGAUCUACCCUUUGCACAUAUGCCUCUGAAUGGAAAAAACAAACAAAAAACCUUGACAUGCUGUAAAUCUUUGGAUCAGACACUUUUACACUUGUAGCAGUAGUUGCCAAAUUGUAUCUGGACAGUCCCUAGACCAAAUAUUAGUUGUGAUAUUGCAACUGACAAUGGCUGCUGUGUUCUCAAAAUUAAAAGGACCAGAACAGUGAAUAAGAAAAAAAUGCGAAAAGGCAUGCUAACCCUAUUCUUAUAAAACUUCCCCCAAGGAUUACAGUAUGUGGGGAUAAAUAGCAAGCAUAUUUAUUCUCCAGUUUAGUUAUGUCGUACCCUCACGAGCGUGUGAGGCGACAUGCUGACACAUAUUUGAGUUCAGAUUUCAUUGCCCCUGCUUGUUGAUCGCUCCCUGUAAUAUACAGGCCUAUUGAUUUUCAAAGCAAUCGCUUGUAAUGAAUUCUCUCAUGCUACCUGUACAGCUGUAUUUUUUUUAUGUGUCCUGCACACAUUGUAAGAAGGAUUUUUGUCACAAACACAUGUAUAGCAUUGUGCUAGCCUCGAAAUGCACCAUGCUUAAUAUCUCAUCUGUCCUUUGUACAUGAUGUUGCCUUUUAUUUGUAAAAACUGGUGAAACAAAAUCAGACAUUUAUUAUUAUUGUUAUUUUUAUUAUUAUAUGUAUUUGUAUAAAUACUUAAGUCUAAAGAAAUAAAAGUGAAUGUAAUAUUUUAAAAAGAUUUGUUUUUAUAGGGAGCGGUACUUUGAAUUUUUAUUUUGGAGGUUGUCUUGUAUAUAUUUUGUCUAAAGUAAAUGUUCAUACACAGUAUAUAAACUUAUUAAUAAAAAAAUU